AUGUCUCGGCCCUGGACAGAGGUCGUCGCCGAGAAGCGGGCUAUACGCGAUGAGAAGCUCUCCAAGUCCUACGGUGAAGACGCACCGUCUGAUCCUCGUAUCUUCGCUGCGAAAGAUGCCCAAGACUUGGUCAAGCUUUUAGAAGCCCGGGAAAUCACAUCCGAGGCUGUUGUCAUAGCUCACAUUGCCAAAGCUAAAGAUGCCCACAGGAGAACAAAUUGUUUGACAGAGAUCUGCUUCGAUGAGGCCCUGGAGCAGGCGAGAGAGCUCGACGCCUUUCAACAGGAACAUGGGCGGCUGAAGGGACCCCUACACGGCGUGCCGGUUUCGCUUAAGGAUCAAUUCAAUCUUGAAGGGCUAGAUUCAACACUGGGCUAUGUUGGGCGCGCCUUCCAUCCCGCCGACUCGGAUUGUAUCUUGGUGACAGUGCUCAAGCAGCUUGGCGCCAUCAUCCUGGCCAAAACAAACCUGCCCCAGAGUAUUCUGUGGGGUGAAACGGAAAACCCACUUUGGGGCCUGACCACACACCCGAUGAACCCUGAAUUCACUCCAGGUGGCUCUUCAGGAGGCGAGGGUACGCUCCUCGCCCUCAACGGCUCGGCGCUUGGAUGGGGAACAGAUAUCGGCGGUUCCAUCCGGGUUCCGUCCCACAUGAAUGGCUUAUGGGGCCUCAAACCAAGCAGCGGAAGAUUUUCGUAUGAAGGCGUAGCCAACUCUCAAGAUGGACAAAUUCAGAUACCUUCUGCCGUGGGCCCUAUGGCCAGGACCCUCAACACUCUUACGUUGGCAUCCAAGGCUGUGAUUGAGGCUGAGGCUUGGCGACUGGAUCCUCAGAUUCCACCUCUGCCAUGGAGAGACGAUGUCUUCCGACAAUAUUCGCAAAAGCCGUUGGUUAUUGGUGUCAUGGUAGAUAACGGAAUCGUAAAGGUACACCCACCUAUUGAAAGGGUGUUUACAGAGUUUUGCCAAAAGCUGGAGGCAGCUGGACACGAACUCGUUCCUUGGGAUACCUCUCUGAACGUCGACUGCAUCAAGCUCAUGGAUGAGCAUUACGUUGUCGAUGGAGGCGAAGACAUUCGACGCGAUGUUGCGGCAGGUGGCGAGCCAUUCAUGCCCCAUACCCAGAGCUUGGUGGAACGCGGCUCGGCGAUUUCUGUUUAUGAAUACUGGCAGUUGAAUAAGAGAAAGAAAGCCACCCAGGCCGCCUACAAUAAGAUGUGGAAUGCCGCGAGGGCGUCGUCAGGCCGACCCGUUGACGUUCUACUCGUGCCCACCAUGCCACACACCGCAAUCCCGCAUCGGACACUACGCCAUCCCGGCUACACGAAGAUCUUCAACUUCCUCGACUACACUGCGUUGUCUUUCCCAGCCGGCAAGGCUUCGAAAGCCCUGGAUCCUCCUUCCCCUGUCAAGUAUGAGCCUCGCAACGCUGCCGAUGCUUGGAACUGGAGCUUAUACAAUAUCGAGAAAAUGGACGGAUAUAGCGUUGGUCUGCAGAUCGUGGGCCGGCGAAUGGACGAGGAAAAGGUCUUGGGGGUUGCUCAGCAGGUUCAAAACUUGUUGCAGGUGGAAGCUUGA